AGUUCAUCAUAAGCUUAACUCUGCAAAUCUGCUUUCGUAGGUUGCAGAGAAAGUUGCCAAAGGAGAACUCGAUUCUGCAUUUGCUAUUGUAAGGCCUCCAGGUCAUCAUGCUGAAGAAACUGAACCCAUGGGUUUUUGCCUGUACAACAAUAUUGCUAUUGCCGCAAGUUUUCUUUUGAACAGAAGACCAAAGUUGGGUGUCGGCAAGAUAUUGAUUGUAGAUUGGGAUGUACAUCAUGGUAAUGGUACUCAGAAGAUGUUCUACGAAGAUCCCCGAGUACUUACCUUCUCCGUACAUAGGCAUGAUUCUGGGGAAUUCUAUCCAUAUGGGAAUGACGGGUCGUAUAGCAUGAUUGGAGAAGGUGCAGGUGCUGGAUACAAUAUUAAUGUACCUUGGGAAAAUGAUUUGUGCGGAGAUGCUGAUUAUUUUGCCGUGUGGGACCAUAUAUUAAUUCCCGUUGCUAGGAAAUUCAAUCCUGACUUGAUAAUGGUCGCUGCAGGAUUUGACGCAGCCUUAGGCGAUCCUCUUGGAGGCUGUUGUCUUAGUCCGUACGCAUAUUCAGUUAUGCUCCGCAAGUUGAUGGAUAUUUCGCGGGGUAAGAAUAUUGUUUUGGCACUCGAAGGAGGAUACAAUCUUGUUUCCUUAGCAAAAUCAGCCCAAGCUUGUGUCGAAGUAUUACUACAAGACAAGCCUCUUACGAGGUCCUCGGUGGAUCUUCCACUUAAAUCAACAGCACUUGUGAUACGAACAGUACGCCAAGCGGUAAGCAGAUAUUGGCCGGUUCUUGCUUCUGAAUUAACGGACCAAGUAAUCAAUAGCAGUCGAAGACCAUCAUCACAAACUGAGGAUGUAGCGGAUACCUCCACCUCUAGUGCGAUGACGAAUUCAAAAGGUGAACAGGUUUGUAGUGCUGAGAGAAAAAACGACAAAAAAAAGAACGUAGCAGAUCUAAGGAUGAAGAGAAUGUUCCGAGACAGUAAAUCAGCGGCUCGCCCCUCUGCGCCGGAGUCCGGGUUCCAGGCGUCGGAUUUCCAACGCCCUUUGGCUGUCGAAUCCGAUAAGAGGCUCCCGGAGGAGAGUGUUUCAAAAUCGAAAACCGCUAGAAAGAAUGUCGGGCCCACGUGCCUACGAGGUGGAUUACGGAUUGAGGACUCCGACCCCCCUCAACAGUCAUCGGCUUUAGUUGUGGCCUCCUCCUCGCUGCCCCCUACCACCGAGGAGACCUCAGAGAAAGAGUCUUCUUCGAAGAAGAGGAAGACAGAUCAGGCCCUUGGGCCAAUUGGUUCGCAUCCCCUCCCUAACUUCGCCCUUCAUCUCUGUCAGAACGCGGAGAACGCCAUUGCCGCGUGUCGGGCUUUAGCUUUUCCCCGAGAUGUCGCCUACUAUUGUCAGAUGAGUAAAGGCGACAGACUCGAGCUGCUUCUGCACAACAUCACUCAGCAAUUUGCUAUCGCCUUCUCGGGCCCCCUAGGAUGGGACGACGUUUCUCGGGAAGAGUACGAUAACCAGAAGAAGGAGGUUACCCAACUUCGAAAAGAAGUUCGAGCUUUGAAGGAGAGCUUAGCGUUGGCGGAGUCGUCCAAAGAGGGGUUGUUCGCGGACGUAAAGCGAGAGCAGGAAGAGAAAAAGAUCCUGCAGGCAGAGAAGAACUCACUGGCAUCGCAUAAUGCCAGUUUGGAAGAGAAGUUGAAAGUAUUGACCAACGAACUCUUUGUCGCCGGGGUGCAGGCGUCUUCCAACUUCACCGAGGGUGUCAAUGAAGGGCAUAGGCUGUUCCCGGGGUCAUCAGAGGGGUUCCGCUUCAUGCAAGAAUUCGUUCGCCGUUUCUUUCACCGUCUAUGGCGUUCGACAACCUUUACUCGAGAAGCAUCGAACUUAGCUCGUUUCUUCUUCUCGGCCGCAGUCAAGGCUGUCCAAAAACGGUUGAGUGGCGCUAGUAUUGAGUUUCCGUUGAUCGAGGCUGAGCUCGCUGAAGACCUUCCAGAUGACGAGAUUCCGGGCUUCGAGGGGGAUGUGAAUGAAGACCCCGACUUAGAAUGGUGGGAACAAGUGUAUUGGGAGCUCAUUGAGGAUUUUUCUCGUUAA